AUGAUUCGUCUCGCUUUUCUUCUGGCCCUAACCACAGUGGCAUCGAGUUCAAUGUAUCGACCCAUUGUUCUGAUGCACGGAAUAACAUCUUCAGCAGCUGGAAUGGAUGAACUAGCUGGUUGGCUUCGUACUUCGUUUCCAGGAGUUUAUGUCAUCUCUGUCGAGAUUGGCAAUGGCUUCGACGAUUCAUUUCUAUGGCCAUUAGAUAAACAAGUUGAACAUUUUUGUAACACAGUCCUUGCCGAUGAACAUCUUCGGCAAGGUUUCAAUUUACUAGGAUAUUCUCAAGGAAGUAUUAUCGCUCGCGGUGCAUUGGAAAGAUGUUCACUACCUGUUCAUAAUCUAAUUACACUGAGUGGUGUUCAUCAAGGUGUCUUUGGUAUUCCGUACUUAUUGAAAUUGCCAGCACAAUUUCGCGAAUUAGUAUCGAAAUAUGCGUAUGAGACUCCCGUACAAAAUGUCAUUAGUGCUGCGAAUUAUUGGCGCGAUCCCGAUCAAUUGGAUAGAUUUCGAUCACAUUGCCAUUUCCUUCCGGACAUCAAUAAUGAGCGUGAAGUACGCAACGAAACUUAUCGUAACAAUAUGUUGAAAUUAAAUGCUUUCGUGAUGACUUAUUCGGACAUUGAUGAAAUUAUCUCACCCAGACAUUCCGGUUUAUUCAUGGGUUACGCACCGAAUUCGUUGCAUGUUGAAACAUGGAACAAUUCGAGACAAUUCACCGAGGAUCUUAUCGGCAUGCGAACAUUGUGGGAACAAGGCAAAUUGUAUACAUUCACAGCGCACGUCAAACACCAAGAUGUGCCACAUGCUCCCAACAAAGAUUUUCUUGUGCAAAAUAUCUUUCCAUUUUUUAAUAAUACUCUUCCUUAA